UUUGUGUGUGUGUGUGUGUGUGUGUGCGCGCGCACUAAACUCUUUACUGACAGUAAGUUUGCAGGUGCAGUAGUGAGUGACUUGCCCGUGUCUCAGCUGGUCUCAGGACCCGGAUGUUAAUCUCCUUCUGGAUGUUUUAUUAAUAAAGAUUUAAACAUAAAGAUCAGUUUAAUGUUUAAAGGAAGCGGCGCAGAACAAACAGGAAGUGGAUUAAAGUAAAGAAAUAAAAGAUGAGUUGAUGUGUGGAGGCUUAAGGAAGAGAGAGGAGGAUGGAGAGAACAGACGACGUGAGGGUGGAUGAGCCGCAGCAGGCGUGGGGGAAACUGGUGCGACUCGGAGAGUCUAUAGAAUCCACGCUCACUAUGUUACUCGUUAAUAAAGAGUGUACUGUGGGCCGGAGGAAAGGCUGUGAUCUGUCAUUUCCUGCCAGUAAACUGGUGUCCGGUGACCACUGUAAAAUCACACAGGAUCAGGAGUCGGGGCAGGUUUGGCUCCAGGACACCAGUACGAACGGGACGGUGAUAAACAUGUCCAAACUGGUGAAGAGACAGAAACACUUACUGCAGAGUGGUGACGUCAUCUACUUUGUGUACAGGAAGAGUGAACCAGAGCAGAACAUCGCAUACGUUUAUCACUCCAUGACUCCUUCACACUCAGACUCUCAGGACACUGAAGAGUUAUCGUGUUCAGACCUGAUGGACAGAAUCGACCCAGAUGUUGAUCCUGCUCCUGUGGAACCUGUUACACUCCCAUUCGUACCGCAGGAGAUGAAGAUCCAGCCCGGAUUUGAGGAAUCUCAACCCUCUACUUCUUACAACAUCGCCAUGCCAACAACACACACAGGAACAGGUUUUAGUGAGGUGAGGUCAACACAGACGUCAGUGAAGCGUACAGAUGGAGAGAGAGAGAUAGACGAGUGUGUGCAGCCAGACAGGAAGAGACAGAAAACAGAUGAUCCGUACGUGAUGUAUUCCGAUGUUGGUGAAACCGGCGCUGCAGCAGUUCCUCCUAAAUCGGGGACGGAUGGAGGUGAAGGAAGUAAAACAGAUAAGAUGGAGGAAUCUCUCACCUGCAUCAUCUGUCAGGAUUUACUAUACGACUGUGUCAGUCUGCAGCCCUGUAUGCACACAUUCUGUGCAGCUUGUUACUCUGAGUGGAUGGAGCGUUCCUCCCUCUGUCCCACCUGCCGCUGUCCCGUGGAGAGAAUCCGCAAAAACCACAUCCUCAACAACCUGGUCGAGGCUUACCUGCUUCAACACCCCGAGAAGUGCCGCAGUGAGGAGGACAAACGCAGCAUGGACGCUCGUAAUAAGAUCACACAGGACAUGCUGCAGCCCAAAGUAGAGAGAUAUUUCUCUGAUGAAGAAGGAAGCUCUGAUUAUCUGUUUGAACUGUCUGAUAACGACAGUGACACGUCUGAUCUCAGUCAGCCGUACCUGAUGUGCAGGCAGUGUCCAGGUUAUAAAGUGAACUUAACCAUCGCCCCCUGGGGACAUUACCCCACCAGUCUGCUGAACCCAGACGCACCGUCUACAUCCUCUCAUAUACACACAGACACUCAGAAGUUUACCUGUCCCUCUCCUAGCAGUCACCUGAUCUGUACCUGCUGUUUACAGCCAAUGCCUGAUCGCAGGGCAGAGCAUGUGGGCACUAACUCCUCCCCCCAGCACUGUUUGGUGUGUCAGAGGCCGUUCUGUCACCUGUAUUGGGGCUGCGUGGGGUGUCGGGGUUGUCUGGCACAGUUUAGUGAUCUGGACCUGACUGAUAAAUGUCUGGAUGGUGUCCUCAACAACAAUCACUAUGAGUCUGAGGUCCUGCAGAAUUACUUGAGUUCCAGAGGAAAGACGUGGAAGGUGAUGUUGCAGGAGGCGCUACAGCACACACAGCAAGGCCUCUACCACCUGUCUGAUUACCGUAUCAAUGGAAACUCCUUCCUGUGUUACUGCUGUGGACUUCGCUUCUUUAAAGAGCUUGCAUAUGCUUAUAGAGCUAACAUUCCUGCUGCUGAGUUACCAGCUGCAGUGACGAUGAGACCGGACUGUUAUUGGGGUCGUAAUUGCAGAACACAAAUCAAAGCUCAUCAUGCCAUGAAAUUUAACCACGUAUGUGAGCAGACACGCUUUAAGAACUGAGCCUGUGUUCUGGACGGCGAUGUCACGGCUCUGGACGUAUUUUUCCUCUUUAACAAUCUUUGUGUUUUACGAUAUGCAAAUUCAGUCUGUUUAGUGGUGAGGAGGCUGUGUGCGCUUUGUAAGAGAGAUAUCUUAGUUCGUCUGCACUUUCUCAUGGCGUCGAGCCGAGCAGUCAGAUCCUACUGUAACGUGUGACUGUGUGAAGACGGAGCGCUCGUUAAUCCGACGCUUAAUUAAACUUUCUGCCUAAUGACCACGUGUGAUGUAAUAUAUAAUCACUUCACUCUCAGUUAUGAUGAUAAUUAAUCCAGUUUAUUUUCUGCUUUGAGAUUCAGCUUUCUGUCACUUCUCAUGAUAUUGUGUGUAAAAUCUAUUCUAUAUGAAGCCUUUUUAUCUCUCAGAAGUCACCGCUCGGCUUCCGGUCCCCAUCCCGAGCUUCCUCAGUGGGGUUAAUUCUGUGCACAUUUUGUAUUUAAUCACGUGUUGGAUACGUCUUUCUUUUUCUCUCUCACACACACAUGCACGCGAUCGCUGUCUGAUCUAUCCGAUGCAGAACAGGCUAAAGCACUGCUGCUCAUCACCUCAGUCAGCCGCUGCUUUCACUUUUUCCUGCUCUGCAUCAAUCGUUAUUUUCUGUGUAAUUACGACCUACACUUCACUAAGGGCUGUUAGGAGUCAGUAAGUCACACCGGUCUCUCUGUACGACUGCUGUGUGUUCAUUAAAGCCAUGUGAAUAGAGUUUAGUGACGACCGAGUGCACCGUAACAAGCAGAGUAGCCUAAACACGCACUAACUAGUAUAUUAACACGUGAGAAAUCUUUGCAGCAUAAAAUAAUCACUGUAAAAAGUUUUAGUUGAUUUAUUACAGAUUCUGUUCUAGUUUUUGGGAUAAAGCCUCGACUUAAAGCGACAGAUUGUUUCUCACACAACACUUUUAUAUCACACACGUCGUCUUCUUUUUCUUCUUCUUCUUACUAAGUACUUUAAUCCUACACGUGGAUGUCUGCAGGAAUUUCCCUGACACGGUAACGAUACGGUACGAUGACGUGAGUGUCCUACAUCAUACCGUACUCUCCAAAGACUUAUAGUAUUAUAGCACGUCCUAUACAGCAAUAACACGUCAUACUACACAGUUACUGAACACUGAGAGAGAUGAUGUCACCGUGCCAGUGUCUCAUUCAGCUCGGAUUUGUUCCAGUCUCCUUUAACUAAGCCACAGUGUAAAGUGAUUCAGUGCUUCAUACUGUUCGGUACUGCAGUCACAUUCAGUCCACUGCAGCAGCCUGGAGUUUGUCUCUGUGUAACAGGUUUAUGUUCAGUCUGCGCUGUCACGCCUGCCGCCGUCCAUACGUAGUGUUAAUUACGCUGACGUUAUCGUCAAUUAUUUUGCUGACAAGCUGAGAGAAUGUCUCACUCUCAGUAAUACAAUCAUGACAAAGCCAGUCAUUUUUAUCCACUUUGACCGCUGUAAGUCAUUUUCAGCCUUAUUCUAACUCGUCUUUUGCUCUAACGUUGCACUCGAGAUGCCAGUAAGUCUGAUUAUUAAUGUCUUAACACUCUGAGGCCUUAAGUACUCAGUCCUAAAAAGAAAGAAGUGAACUGGUGUAUUAGUCUUUGUGUCUGCCGUAUAACGGCUGUGAUGUUUGCAAAUGUUUAGGAUAAAAACAGCACGAGUAAAGGUUUAGCCCGUAGACUUAACGUGCUGAUAGAACACACACUAGUUCUGUCAAAGCUACUUAUAAAAUGUAAACACACUUAUUUUGUCAUCUUGGAUAGUGGUAUAAACGAGUCUUUGUUGUAGCCCUUCUGUAGUGUAAUAUGAAGCGUGCGUGCUCCUUGGGUAAAGGCCGCACCGAGCGUCAGUCCAGGUCCGAUUCAGAUGCCUCCUAAUGAGCCGCGUGGAUGUUUAGGACAUUUUGAAGCAUCAAUUUGGGAGUGAACUGAGCUUCAGAAACCACUUUGUGUUAUAAUUUUGUAUUCUAUUUAAAUGUUCACACAAAAACAACCAUUGUAUAGGUUUUAGAGUUAAAACGCUUUCGCUCUCCUUCUACCUCAUCCAAGCUGGAGCAAUAGAGUGAAAGAGAAUUCUGUAACCUGCUUUGUGUGUUCACUCAUGUUCAUUAAAUGCACACAGUGUGAGUUGAA